UUACAAAUGAGGAUGUGCCCAAAGGGAGACUUCUGGAGGCUUUGUCAGGUUUAGCUCAAUUCUGGGUACAAAUUUGUCCACAAAAUAUGGUUAUGAAGGUACACACACGCACACACACAUACUAAAUCGAGGGCAGUUUGACUUAAUCAUUGUUACAUCACUCCCACCCAGUGGUCUGACUGCGGAAUCACACCAUGAUCUGAACCAGUGCAUAUACACUAGCAUUAUCAAGUAUUCAAAUGGAAGUUUAAAAUAAUACGGAAUGACUAUACAAUAAAAUAUACAGGCCUGUAUCUUAUAAAAAGUGAAAAUAGCAUUGUGAGAUAUGGCUUUGUUCAAGAGACUUUCGUAUCCUUCAAAAGUCGACAACUAUAACAAAGCAAAACAUAAAAAUAUAAAAAUUAAUAAUGUGAUAUAACAUUGUGUGAUAUUUAAUUUAAGUGGAAUAGUAACAUUAAAUUAAGCUAUUGUGUCUAUCUAUCUAUCUAUCUAUCUAUCUAUCUAUCUAUCUAUCUAUCUAUCUAUCUAUCUAUCUAUCUAUCUAUCUUGUCUGUCUGUCGCUCUCACCGUUCUCUUUGUAUUCGCCUAUUUUCUUUCCCUGUGCUAUCAGCAUGAUGUUUGUGUUGUCACGCGGAUACGCGGCUCGUGCCACUCAGAAGCAUCACUUUGCGCACGCGCUUUGCGGCGGGGCAGUUCCAUAGCAACCGUAAAGAACAACAUGGCAAAAGCGACAACUAUUAAAGAGGCCCUGGUGAAAUGGGAGGAGAAAACGGGGGAAAAAGCGAGCGAGGCCACAGCAGUAAAGCUUUAUGGUCAGAUACCUCCCAUCGAAAAAAUGGACGCGACUCUCUCUAAUCUUGUCAACUGCGAGAGAUUAUCCUUGUCUACGAACUGUAUUGAAAAAAUUGCAAACUUGAAUGGUCUAAAGAACCUUAAGAUAUUGUCCUUGGGGCGGAAUAGCAUCAAAAACCUUAAUGGACUUGAAGCAGUAGGUGAUACUCUGGAAGAGCUGUGGAUCUCUUAUAACCUCAUAGAAAAACUGAAAGGAAUUCACGUCAUGAAGAAACUCAAAGUCUUGUAUAUGUCUAACAACUUGGUCAAGGAGUGGGGGGAGUUUCAGAAGCUGGCAGAUCUUCCAGCAUUGGUGGACCUCGUCUUUGUGGGGAACCCAUUAGAAGAAAAGUAUUCUGCAGAUGGUAACUGGAUAGAGGAAGCUACUAAGAGGCUUCCCAAGCUUAAAAAGCUAGAUGGAAACCCCGUUAUCAAACAAGAAGAGGAGGAAGGUGAAGGGGAGAGCUAAUGCAAUUCCUUUAAAUAUUCUGAAGUUGGUGCAUUUUUUUAUUGUUCAAACACCAGCAUUUUAACUAUUAGAAGUCUGUGCAAUAUUUUUAUUUAUUUUUUAUUAGGUUUAUUAGGUUUAUUUAUAUGGAAUGAAGCCAAAAAAGCUAAAUCCAUUUUCUUGAGCUUUAACACUAUUUGAAUAGAUUUGAAAAGCACACUAUUUUUUGUUAGCCUUCGUACAAGCGGUGAUAUACAAUCAUAAUGUAAGGGUUGUGCAGAAAGACAGAUUGGAUGAUACUCAUUACUUACACUGUUAAAAAAAAUUGCCAUUGUUACUUUAAAGAACUAUUUCUACCUAAUGUAACCUGUGCUUAAAAAUAACUAUGAAGAAUUAAUAUGAACACCACUAUAAUAUUAAAUAAUUUAGCAUAACUUUCGAUAAAUUCAGUAAAAAUUAUAUUUUCGACUUGAAUAACCACUGAAGUUACCACUUGAAGGACAUAUUAAAUUUUUUAUUUAUUAACAAAACUUUUCAGGGAGAUCAAUAACAUUUUAGAUUGUAACAGUAAAUACAAGCCAGUGACAUUGAAGCAACUACAAAAUUGGAAUGAUUUAUUAAGUUUGUGACAUGGGCUUAUAAUUGUUUCAAUUGGUGGUGCUAUGUUUUAGUAUGUCUCUAUUAGGAGGCUACUUUAAAAGUUCAAUCUGAAGUUGAAUAAUAUUUGCAAGAUUUAAAUUUUUAAUUAAAUGCCUUUUGUAAAUGGCAUACUUUUUGUAAUAAAUUUGUUUGGACAUAAUCUAAUUUGCAGUUAAUAGUACAGUUUCAUCACUUAGUGUAUUGUUAACACAUUACAUUGUAUGUGUGGUAUUUAAAACAAGUUGCACAAUGAGAGCAAUUUAACACUUUGUAGCAUGACUCCAUGAAGUAAGUUAAAUGUACUGUGGCCGGAUAAAGGCACCAUAACUAAUACUGUACUAAAAAGUUGUCUGAAUUAGUUUCUUGUUAACAAUUUUGUACAUGUGAUUUAAAUGUUAUAUUUACAAUUUAAUGCAUGUUUUAUUGUUUUUGAUCCCUCUACAUGUUUUUGUUUACUGUGUUUCAGAAGAAAACAAUAAACUAGUUUGUCCUCUGCUCAAGUUAUAUUACCAUUCAUUAUUAUCAUUACCAUUGCUUUGAAUGUGUGGUAACAAUUUACAAUAAGAUCUCUUUUGUUAACAUUAGUUAAUUCAUGAACUAACAUGCACUAAGAAUUACCAAUAUUUUUACAGCAUUUAUUAGGCCCAACCUUUGUUAAUUUUAGUGGAAUGUGUUCAUGUUCAUGUUAGUUCAGAGUGCGUUGGUUAAUGUUAACGGAUACAACUUUUAAUCUAAAAAAUGUAUUAGUUGAUGUUGAAACUAAAAUGAAUUUAUAUUGUAUUGAUGUUAACGAAUGUUAUUGGUAUUGGGAAAUGUAAGCGAAAUAUGUCUUUAUUUAGGGGUGAGCGACGAGUCGUAAACAGUAGGUGGCAGUAAAGUUCUUUACAAAGUGAAACCACACAAUCUUCCUUUCUGGAUCUUUAAUUACUGGAUUAAUUAGUAGUUAAUCUGACUUUACCCCCCAGCAGUAAAUGACCUAUCAUAAUUACUAUUGCAUUUUCAUUUUUCAGUUCAUUACUCGGUUAUCAUAAACGUUACCUAUUGACAAAAUAUGAGGUUUGUGAAUGUUUUUUUUUUUUUUUUCAUUUUGAAUAUAUUAC